AUGGCGAACGAUUCCGUCGUGAUUGUGCCCUCGGGCGAGCUCCCGUUCGACUUCGAGCUUAAGAAGCAGUGCUCUUCGGAGAUGACGUUGAAGAAUCCAACCGGGGACAAGAUGGCGUUCAAGGUGAAGACGACGUCGCCGAAGAAGUAUUGCGUCAAACCGAACACGGGGAUCAUCGAGCCCGGGGCCGAUAUCAAAGUGAUGGUGAUGAUGCAAGCCCAUCGCGAGAUACCGGCGGACUUCAACGCGUGCAAGGAUAAAUUUCUUGUUCAGGUCACCAAGAGUGGGGACUCGAAGGACGUGGCGGAGCUGUUUUCGCGAUCGGAUGCGAAGAUCGACGAGACUAGGCUUCGAGUGAAGUACGUUGCGAUCGGCAAGGGGGCCGAGGAGGUCACUCUGCCCGCGCCUCCGGCGAACGAAACCGCGGAGCAAGCGCAAGCGCGUCUCACGCGCGACGUGGCGCUUCUGUCCGCGCGAAACAAGGCUUUGACCAAUGACUUGAACUUGAUGAUGAAGCGGGGUGGUAAGAUUCAAAAGGGUUUCACGCUACUUCACAUUUUGCUCACGGCAAUCUUUGCCUUCGUUCUCGGUCGUUAUUUGUAA